AUGUCUAUACCUUCCAACUCGUCUGUGGACUCAUUAUUGGCUCAUACAAGGCCAUAUGCUACAUAUCAUCACCCCGAUGUCGCGUUUCCUCAACCACCAUCACAACAACCACCACAUUCCACGUAUCACCCACAGGCACACCUUUCUGCUCAUCAUCAAAUGAUGAUUCCACCACGAGGUGGAUAUUCGUCUCAUGUACAUUCACCAACUCGCGUUCCCUAUUCGCCAACCAGGCUCCCAACACCACCUAAUGCCACUUCCCCAUCUCAGCACUACUAUACAUCGCAUUUACACCAUCACCAUGACCAUCAUCAUCAGCCACAGCAUUAUCACAACCACCAGCCGCAUCACCACUAUGAGCCACAUCAUCAGUGGCAACAGCAUCAUCAACACCAGUCUUUAGCAACACGGACACCACCACCGCAUCGCUACAAUCCUUAUUUCACUCCUCCGUCCUCCACAUCUCCAACAUCAUCAGCGGGUCUUUCAGCCUCUUCAUAUGCACCAUCAACACGAGACUCGGCAUCGCCACAGGAGCGGUUGAACCCUUUUGAGCAGUCACCCUCUUCGUACGUGGCUUCAACACCAGAAGGCAACCAAAUCGACGAACUAGAUCCUACCUCGGCAGCAAACACUUUACUAUCUCUUCAAUUUGCUCGUGUGGAAGGUCCAGUGUCUUGGACAAAAGAGGACGCAUCAGCACAUCCUGUGACGACCACGGUUAUUAAAGUCAAGGAACAGGUUUCCAUUACGACCACCCAACAUCACCAACAUCGACACCAACACACGACUCAUUUCGGAACAACUCCAAAUUACGUUGCCGGAUAUGAACCAAGUCGAGAAUCAUUUUCGAGAAAGCUGAUUGUAGCAAGCGCAUCGGUAUCUGCAGCUGCAAGUCCCAAGAAGGUCAAGAAAGUGAUCAAGACCGAGAUAUUGGAUGGUGUUGCAAUGACAGCUGCUGAAAUGAAGAAGGCACAGAGGAAGAAUAUACCUAAUGCAUGCACAAAUUGCAAACGAGCACAUCUAGCAUGUGAUUUAUCCCGCCCAUGUAAUCGAUGUGCGUCCAUGGGACGAGACUGUACCGAUGCAGUACACAAACGACGAGGUCGACCACGAUUAAAUGGUGCCGGUGGAAUUUCGUCUUCGACAAGCGAGACAUUGGAUAUGACUGCUCAAAUGCUGGACGAGUUUGCAUCUCGUCGUAUCGAAGUUUAA